AUGGCUGGACCCAAGAAAGUACUGAUGCUGGGCGCGGGCUUCGUCACCCGUCCUACCCUGGAUGUCCUCAGCGAUGCUGGUAUCGAAGUGACGGUCGCAUGCAGAACCCUCGACCGUGCUCAGAAGCUCGCCCAAGGAGUCAAGAACGCCACUCCCGUCUCCCUCGAUGUCAACGAUGCCAGAGCUCUGGAUGCCGAAGUGGGAAAGAACGACCUGGUCAUCAGCUUGAUCCCAUACGCCUUCCACGCCUCCGUCAUUGCGUCGGCGAUCCGUACCAAGAAGCACGUGGUGACCACUAGCUACGUGUCGGGCCCGAUGAUGGAGCUGGAUGCGGCAGCCAAGGAGGCCGGCAUCACGGUGAUGAACGAGAUUGGUCUCGAUCCGGGAAUCGACCACUUGUAUGCCAUCAAGACGAUCGAAGAGGUUCACCAGGCCGGUGGACAGAUCGUCUCCUUCUUGUCCUUCUGUGGUGGUCUCCCCGCCCCAGAGGCAUCCGACAACCCGCUCGGUUACAAGUUCUCGUGGUCGUCCCGCGGCGUCUUGCUGGCCCUGAGAAACGCGGCGAGAUAUUACAAAGAUGGCAAGAUUGUAGAAAUUGAGGGAAAGAAGUUGAUGGGUGAGGCCAAGCCUUACUUUAUCUAUCCUGGCUUCGCAUUCGUUGGUUACCCGAACCGAGACUCGACCGAAUACAAGGAGCGCUACAACAUUCCUGAGGCUCAGACCAUCGUCCGCGGCACCCUGCGCUAUCAAGGCUUCCCCGAGUUCGUGCGCGUGCUGGUCGACAUUGGGUUUCUGGGCGAAGUCGACAACGGGCAUCUGAAGGAGCCGAUUCCAUGGAAGGAGGCCACCAAGCAAAUUAUCGGCGCCCCCUCUUCCACCGAAGAAGGCUUGAAGUCGACGAUCGUCUCCAAGACCGAGUUCAAGGACGACGAGGAGAAGCAGCGUAUCCUGGCUGGUCUCCGCUGGAUCGGCGUCUUCUCCGACGAGAAGAUCAUCCCCCGUGGCAACGCCCUCGACACCCUGUGCGCUACGCUGGAGAAGAAGAUGCAGUUCGAGGAGGGCGAGCGCGAUCUCGUGAUGCUGCAGCACAAGUUCGAGAUUAAAAACCAAGACGGCAGUAUGGAGACGAGAACCUCAACGCUGGUGGAGUACGGUGACCCGAAGGGUUACUCGGCGAUGGCCAAGCUGGUAGGUGUGCCGUGUGGUGUUGCCGUCAAGUUGGUGCUUGAUGGGACCAUUAACGAGAAGGGCGUCAUUGCGCCUAUGUCUUCGAAGAUUAAUGAUCCGUUGAUGAAGGAGCUGAAGAAAUAUGGGAUUGAAUUGGUUGAGAAGGUCAUCUCGUAG